GUUUAGUGUCCCUCGUCACAUCAAGGACAUCAAGAACAGCUCAGUGGAAAUUGAGGAGCGAUUUUCUACUACUUAAGCGACCCUAAUUGCUAUUGCGUUGGAAUAAAUCUAGUUUCUGGUUUGUUGCGUGGAAUUCUUUCAUCGGCAGUCUCGUUAGAGUUGAACAGAUUUUAUUGACCCUGACAACCUACUAGGAGGCACACAACCAUGGGACCGCCAGCGACAAAGAAGCGAAAGACGACCGCGACGAAGUCCGUGGCUGAUAUGGCAGCAGCAGCUCCUGGAGAGAAAAGUAGUGAAAACGCUGAUUAUACAACAGUCAAGGAAGAGUCACGAACACCAAGCGGCAAAAUAAAUGCAACGGAAGAUGACGAGGAGGAACGGGCGGGUGACGACGUCGCUAUGGCCGACCAGGAGCGGGAAGAUAUUAGUAUUACCGACAGUGAAGUAGAGUCGCUCGGCGAUGACGAUUCAGAGUCUUCUGACGACGAUGAGAGCCCCGCCGGUUCUUCACGAAAGAAGCAGAACGCCGCACAGCCGGCGGGUGGCGGCUUGAAAGGUCUUGCGACAGCGUUUCAGCGCAUCUUUGCAAAAGACGAAAGUGCCGAGAAAAAGAAACCGCUUGUGCUGGGCGAAACCGAUGCUGACGAAACCGCGGGAGCCAACAAGAAUGCGGAGGCUGAGGCAAAUCGUUUGAUUGACGAGGCCAAGACGAAGAAGAAAACAAAGAAGUCCGCCCGACCCCUCGCCGAGAUCGAGAAGAAAGUCGAGGCAGAAGCGGUAAAAAAGAAUCAAGAAAAGCGACUGGCGAGACAGCUGAAAGCGAACGAAAGUCUGGAGGCGAGGGGCAUACACACCAAGCCAGACGUUGUCAAGGAUCAGGUACAAGAAUUUGUGAUUCUUCGAAUAUGUAUACGAGAAGAUGAAUGUAGCUAAGUACUACUAUGUUAUGCAUGUCAAACUAAAUGUAAAUGGUUCCUUCGUGAGGCGAUGCGAACGUGCAGCGCGUUGAUAAUUCGUCUUGAAAAUAACAACCUGCAUCAAGAUCAACUUCAAACCACACAACAGACUUUCGAGCGAAGCCUGAGGAGUCUGGCGACGCGGGGUGUCGUGAAGUUGUUUACUAGCAUGCAUCGAUUGCAGAAGCAGGAGGAUAUCGUUGUGGUCGGAAAUAACAAAGCGAAGAAAGCGGAACGGGCACUGGAGUACACACAGGCACGGCAGCGGAAAAGGGAGGAACGCGCUGAUCGCCUCUUGUAUCGCGAGGAUUUGUGAAUGUGAUCUACUUGUGCUUUUACAGCAUAGGUUCGUUUGUGCUUGCUCUUUUUGACGCUUAGCCCAUGACUGUAUCGACGAAGACACGCUCUCUCGCGCUACCGUAUUCAUUCAUCAACACGAG